AUGAAUUACACACAAACCAGGAGCCGUCUCUUUACAUUUAGUUGUAUCAUCUGUGUUGAGAGGACGAUGCCUUUGAGGACCGGACUUUUUCUCCUGAUGGUGCUGAACGCAUCUGCAUAUGAACUGGAUCAAAACGAGUCUUAUUCGCCCAGGAGAGCACGCUUUACUGCCAAUAGCCCUUCAGAUGUGGCGCGCUGUCUCAACAGUGCCCUCCAAGUUGGCUGCGGAGCCUUCGCCUGCCUGGAAAACUCAACUUGUGACACAGAUGGCAUGCAUGACAUCUGCAAGUCCUUCCUAUACAGUGCUGCUAAAUUUGACACUCAGGGUAAAGCAUUUGUGAAGGAGAGCCUUAAGUGCAUUGCCAAUGGCAUCACCUCGAAGGCAUUCUCCACCAUCCGCCGCUGCUCCACCUUCCAAAGAAUGAUAUCUGAAGUCCAAGAGGAGUGUUACAGCAAGCUGGAUAUCUGCACUGUUGCCCGAUCUAAUCCAGAUGCUAUUGGUGAAGUGGCACAGCUACCAAGUCACUUCCCCAAUAGGUUCUAUGGGAAGCUGCUACAGAGCCUGAUGGACUGUGAUGAGGACACGGUGGACCGCGUUAGGACCAGCAUGGUGUCGCGGCUGGGCCCAGAGAUGACCAUGCUUAUUCAGCUGCUGCAGAACAAGCCCUGCCCAUCCACUGCUGUGGCUGCAGCUGCCGCCAUCCCAACUGGAGUGGAGGGCCGUGGGAGCUGGCGCUGGUCCAUGGGUCCCCAUAUGUACAAGAUCCAGCCUAAUCUGCGAAACAGAGACUCUGCCAGUCAUUUUGGCAAAAAGCGCUCUGCCAGUGACAGCUCCUAA